AUGUCUUUUGGCUUGAUCAAUUCUCCUACUGUGUUUAUGGAUCUGAUGAACAAGAUGUUUAAGAAUUUCUUGGACACUUUUAUUAUAGUUUUUAUUCAUGACAUCUUGGUUUACUCUAAGACAGAGGUUGAGCAUGAGAAGCAUUUGCAUCAGGUUUUGGAGACUCUUCAAGCCAAUAAGCUAUAUGCAAAGUUUUCUAAGUGCGAGUUCUGGCUAAAGGUGUCUUUUCUUGGCCAUGUAGUAUCCAGUGAGAGAGCCUCUAUGGACCCACAGAAGAUUGAAGUUGUGACCAGUUGGCCUCGACCUUCUACAGUUAAUGAGCGUUGCCUGGCAGAAGUAGGGCAAGACGAGGAGUUCUCCAUAUCCUCUGAUGGUGGACUUAUGUUUGAGAGGCGUUUGUGCGUCCCAGCAGAUAGUGCAGUUAAGAUUGAGUUUUUGACAGAGGCUCAUAACUCUCCAUUUUCUAUGCAUCCUGGAAGUACGAAGAUGUACCAAGACUUGAAGCGAGUCAACUCUAGUGAUGGUCCAGUUCGAGUUCAAGAGAAGAUUUGGAGAAGUUUGAAAAAGCUUCAAAGAUUCUUCGUGACUGGAGAGGCUCUAUCAAACUUGUCGACAACACUAUUGCAUUUAGCACAUCAUUUGCCAGUUUCGUGGUUGGAAGCCUUGGUAGUGUGUGAGGGGUUGAAGGCUUUAUCCUUGCUUAACAAGGUUCUUCAUGUUGAGCAUUAA